AUUAGCUCCAGGAUUCCUUCCUUCCCCUCCUCCUGAAUCGUAACCUCAUUCUCUUCGCAUUGUAUCUUACGAACUAAAGAGUGCACCUUUCUAGUCCAGCGCUUACCACAUCGUCUGUUCGCCGACCGCCUCUCCAGAAUCGCUAGCAGUCACAACUGCACAAGCGCUCAGGCGACCCUUAGGCAUCGCCGUGCGACAUGAACAACAGUGACCUCGCAAGCAGUUCCAGCCCAAGCAAUAGACGGCACAAAGAGGAUGAUCGCCCCAGACAAAAUGCAUCGCGCACUAGUAGCCUCGUUCUGUCCGAGCGCACCGUCUUGACCGCCACAGGCAGCACGAAGCGAAGUCCCAGCCCAAGCCACCGUCUUGAACAGCUACAAACCGCCCAAUCUUCCGAUCCAGCUAGACAAUACCCUCCAUACAGCAUACCCAACAACCCAGACUCGGACUAUCCUUUUGCCCAGACACAAACAGCGCAGAUAUCACAAAGUGAUGUUAGCGCAGACGAGCGGUCACGUCUCGUACAUCAACCUCAAAAACACGAAUCCAACGACAGUCGAGUCGGCACACUCACCAGAUCGCCCUCCAAGCGUUGGUUCUCACUAUGCGGCGAUAUUUUGCUUUCUUUAACACCCCUGUUCUUCCUCGUUCUUGCUUCACUUUCGCUGCAUCUAAAUCACCAAACAAAGUCAGCGUUUGGUGACAAGGUCAGAGCAAUGACAUCGCUCUCUCCGACGAUAUUUCCCAUCAUCUAUGCAGCUAUACUUGGCACAGUGCUUCGGAGAAUAGGCUUGUAUAAGGCGGAAAGAAGUGCGACAGUUGGCACAAUUGAACGGCUGAUCGGCUGCCACUCCCUGUUUACGACGUUCGAAACACAGAUUGGUCUGCGCCGUCUCGACUUGCUUGGUGUCUCCCUCCUGCUGGUAUGGAUGCUCUCCCCUCUAGGUGGUCAGGCGUCUCUCCGCCUGCUCACGACGACGCCUAGGACACUUGACUUCAACUCCACAUUGCUGUACUACCCUAUCGAGGCCUACUCUGCGGCUCCAAUGAUCCUGGGCAGUAGCGACAGCUCCGUGUACUGGCCCUUCUACGCAUCCCCGUACAUGACGGCCUUGCAGACGUCAGAGCAGACCAUCAACAGCUCCAUGGAUCUCUGAGGACAGGUCAAGGUGCCGGACAUCAGAUCCUUGCAGGGUUACGAGCCAAGCAAUUCAACCACGCGGUGGUAUGACAUUAAU